UAUAUGAUUCGUGGCUUAACGUGCCAGUAUAUAUAAAUUAGAUUGGAAGUAUUUAUAUUACAGUACCUUAGUGACCAGUAGGUACCACACAAUAAUGAAUACAUUGUUAGUACUUUUUGCAAUACUAGGCUGUUCAUUAGGACAGCAAUAUAGGCCCGUACCUAGUACUCCAGGACAAAUUAUCCGUAUCCUUAGUCAAACUCAGGAUGGACCAAACCCAGAUGGAUCCUACUCGUGGAGUUAUGAAACAGAGAACGGAAUCGCUGCGCGGGAGCAAGGGCAUCUAAAGGCUCCCGAAACAAUGGAAGCACAAGGUGACUUCAAGUACACAGCUCCUGAUGGUACGCCCAUUGCACUACAAUACGUAGCCAACGAAAAUGGAUUCCAGCCAUCAGGAGCUCAUCUGCCCACAGCACCACCAAUUCCUGACGCUAUAUUACGAUCCUUAGAGUACAACGCUGCUCAUCCAGAGGAGGAACAAGAAAGACCUUUUCGCCGACCAUGAUCCGUUCAUUUUUAGCAAACCUAACCUGUAAUUUAUGAUUGUGAUUUUAUAUAUACGCUGAUGUAAUAUAAUAAAUAUUUUUGUAUUAUAAA